AAUACUAAUUUUUUAUUUUUUCUGUAGUAAUAUUUAUUUAAAUUCUGUCAUUUUGUUAAAUUAAUUUUCACAUUUUAUUGAUUUGUAUAUACUAUAAUAUAAAUAAUGUUUGCCACGUAUCAGAGGGUUCCUUGUUGAUGUUCCGUUAUAAAUUCUUUGGCGUGAAUCAGUUUUAACAGUUAUUGAAUACUGAGUAAAAAUAAUCAUUUGUACUUAUUGUGUGUUUUUCAAUAAAUAAAUUAUUUCUUUAUUUUGGAUUUACUGAUAAUACGUAAAAUUUGCGUUUAAUUAAGCCGAUAACGCCGGGACAUUUUGGUUUGAUAACAAAAUACAAAGAAAAAUGAAGGGUAUAUUAGCUUUAAUGGUGUUAGGGCUAAUUGCAGCUACUGCAUCUUCGAAAGAAGAUAGUAAGAAGAAUGACGACAUUGGAACAGUUAUUGGAAUUGAUUUGGGAACAACAUACUCUUGUGUUGGUGUUUACAAGAAUGGUCGAGUUGAAAUAAUUGCCAACGACCAAGGAAACCGUAUCACUCCAUCUUAUGUAGCAUUUACUGCAGAAGGAGAACGUCUGAUUGGUGAUGCUGCAAAAAAUCAACUGACCACUAAUCCAGAAAAUACUAUUUUCGACGCCAAGCGUUUGAUUGGUCGUGAAUGGUCAGACCCAACAGUUCAACACGAUGCAAAAUUCUUCCCAUUCAAAGUAGUUGAAAAGAACAGCAAACCUCACAUCAAGGUAAAGACGAAAGACGGAGACAAAGUCUUCACUCCUGAAGAAAUUUCCGCUAUGGUUCUUGGAAAAAUGAAGGAAACCGCAGAGGCUUAUUUGGGCAAAAAAGUAACUCAUGCAGUUGUUACUGUACCAGCUUACUUCAAUGACGCUCAGAGACAAGCUACUAAAGACGCUGGAGCGAUCGCUGGUCUUGUUGUGAUGAGAAUCAUCAACGAACCAACCGCGGCUGCCAUUGCUUACGGUUUGGACAAAAAAGAUGGCGAGAAAAACGUACUCGUAUUUGAUCUUGGUGGUGGUACUUUUGAUGUAAGUCUUUUGACAAUUGACAACGGAGUCUUUGAAGUAGUAGCAACUAAUGGUGAUACUCACUUGGGAGGUGAAGAUUUCGAUCAACGUGUUAUGGAGUACUUUAUUAAAUUGUACAAAAAAAAGAAGGGUAAGGACAUCAGAAAAGACAACCGUGCUGUUCAAAAGCUUCGUCGUGAAGUUGAAAAAGCUAAGAGAGCGCUCAGUGCCAGUCAUCAAGUUAAAAUUGAAAUUGAAUCAUUCUUCGAAGGUGAUGAUUUCUCAGAGACCUUGACCAGAGCUAAAUUUGAAGAAUUGAACAUGGAUCUUUUCCAGAGUACAAUGAAACCAGUACAAAAAGUACUUGAAGAUGCUGACAUGAACAAAAAAGAUGUUGAUGAAAUCGUACUUGUCGGAGGAUCCACCAGAAUUCCAAAAGUUCAACAAUUGGUUAAAGAAUUCUUUAAUGGUAAAGAGCCAUCCCGAGGUAUUAACCCCGACGAAGCUGUUGCUUAUGGUGCCGCUGUACAAGCUGGAGUUCUCUCCGGAGAACAAGACACCGACGCAAUUGUUCUUCUUGACGUAAAUCCUUUAACCAUGGGUAUCGAAACUGUUGGAGGUGUUAUGACCAAAUUAAUUGCCAGAAACACUGUUAUCCCGACCAAGAAAUCACAAAUCUUCUCUACUGCAUCCGACAAUCAACAUACCGUUACAAUUCAAGUUUAUGAGGGAGAACGUCCAAUGACCAAAGAUAACCAUCUUCUUGGUAAAUUUGAUCUUACCGGUAUCCCACCAGCACCCAGAGGAAUUCCUCAAAUUGAAGUAACCUUCGAAAUUGAUGCUAACGGUAUUCUGCAAGUAUCUGCUGAAGAUAAGGGAACUGGUAACCGUGAGAAAAUUGUUAUUACCAAUGAUCAGAACAGACUUACACCUGAUGACAUCGAAAGAAUGAUUAAAGAUGCUGAGAAGUUUGCCGAUGAAGACAAAAAACUUAAAGAACGUGUCGAUGCUCGUAAUGAAUUUGAAUCUUACGCUUACUCAGUCAAAAAUCAACUUGCCGAUAAAGAAAAGCUUGGAUCUAAAAUCUCUGAGGAAGACAAGGAAAAAAUAGAGACUGCUGUUGACGAGAAAAUUAAGUGGCUUGAAGAAAACCAGGAUACUGACCCUGAAGAAUACAAACAACAGAAGAAACAGCUUACUGAAAUUGUUGAACCCAUCAUCGCGAAGCUUUACCAAGGUGCUGGUGGUGCUCCUCCACCAACUGGCGGUGACGAUGAUGAUCUCAAAGACGAAUUGUAA